GCCAAGACUUACGAAGUGCCCCUUCUAAUAUUGUAAUACAAAUUACAUUAAGCUAUAGUAGCUUUACAGAUUUUUUUUGUACCCAGGAGUACAUUGGAAUCACCCUUCUCAGGGUUAGCGGAGCUCGAGUCCGGUAACAACAUGGCGGCGUCCGAGAGGGGCUGUUUUGGGCAAAGGUAGUGUUUGGUGUCCCUGUCUUGCGUGAUAUUGACAAACUGAAGCUUUCCUGGACCACUCGACUUAAGGAAGAGUGUGCUCGUAGGCGGACAGCUUUCGUGACCGGCCAUCCACUCUCAUCUCCCAUAAGGAGCAGAGUCCUGAGUACUGAUAAGGAUGAGCAACAUCUACAUCCAGGAGCCUCCCACGAAUGGGAAGGUUUUACUGAAAACUACAGCUGGAGAUAUUGACAUAGAGUUGUGGUCAAAAGAAGCUCCUAAAGCUUGCAGAAAUUUUAUACAGCUUUGUUUGGAAGCUUAUUAUGACAAUACCAUUUUUCAUAGAGUUGUGCCUGGUUUUAUAGUCCAAGGUGGAGAUCCUACUGGCACAGGGACUGGUGGAGAGUCUAUUUAUGGAACACCAUUCAAAGAUGAAUUUCAUUCACGGUUGCGUUUUAAUCGGAGAGGACUGGUUGCCAUGGCAAAUGCUGGUUCUCAUGAUAAUGGCAGCCAGUUUUUCUUUACACUGGGUCGAGCAGACGAACUUAACAAUAAGCAUACCAUCUUUGGAAAGGUUACAGGAGAUACAGUAUAUAACAUGUUGCGACUGUCAGAAGUAGACAUUGAUGAUGAGGAAAGACCACGUAAUCCACACAAAAUAAAAAGCUGUGAGGUUUUGUUUAAUCCUUUUGAUGACAUUAUUCCAAGGGAAAUUAAAAGGCCAAAAAAAGAGAAACCAGAGGAGGAAGUAAAGAAAUUGAAGCCCAAAGGCACAAAAAAUUUUAGUUUACUUUCAUUUGGAGAGGAAGCUGAGGAAGAAGAGGAGGAAGUAAAUCGAGUUAGUCAGAGCAUGAAGGGCAAAAGCAAAAGUAGUCAUGACUUGCUUAAGGAUGAUCCACAUCUCAGUUCUGUUCCCGUUGUAGAAAGUGAAAAAGGUGAUGCCUCAGGAGAUUCAGAUGAUGGUGGAGAAGAAUAUAAUGGAAAUCUUCCAUAACUUUCACAGAUGAAAAACACUUCAUAUACAUUAAACUGUAACUUUCUUAUUAGAUAUCUUAAGAAUUAUUUGUUUAUAAGGAAUAGAAACCCACUCAAAUUAGCUCAAGGAAAGGAAUUUCUGUAUGAAAGCAUAGGGGAGUUGUACAGAAUCCAGAUAAAAGAAUACAGUUCUGUCAAGAAAGCACGUUGUCAAGAAGUUGUAUUUUCUCUCUUCUUUUGCAGGUUUUCUGUUAUACUUUUCUUCUAUUCAUUUGUUCCAUUGUCCUCUACAAACCUGUUUUCUCUAUAGAGCUCUAGUCUGCUACCUCUUGCAGUUCAGUUCUUCAGAAGUCAAUUGACUAGAUUUCUGUGUCCAAAACCUGAAUAUUUGGGGGAGAGAAUCUUAUUGGCGUGGCUCAUGUCAGGUGUCUGCUCAAUUAUGCCAUUGAUAGAGGAAAUGGAAAGCCAUGAAGUAUGCAGAUGUGGCAAGGAUGAGUAGCUCCUCCAUUAUCUAGACUUCCCUAUUACUAGAAUGCCAAUAUGUAACUGGAGUCAUGGCUGCUUAGCUGAAACACAUUCAUCAGUCUCCUUUGUAGCUAAGUAUGGUCGUAUGACCAAAUUUUGUCUAAUGUGGUAAAACAAGUGUGUCAGACAUUCAGGCAGUCUUUUUUUAAAGGAAGGAAGAAAGAAGUUAGCCUUCUUUCUUACCUGCCUCUUUCUGCCAUCCUGGCACACAGAUUUGAUGACUUGAGCUAAGGACGGUAGAAUAGAGAGGUAGAAGGAAGGAGCAUGCGUCCUUGAAGACUUUGUGGAACCAUUGUUGCAGCUUGAAAUGCCUAUCUCUGGACAUUUUCUAUAUGAGAUAAGGUAACUUUCAGGUUGAGCCAGUCACAUUAUUUGGAAUUUCUCUUGUGUGCAGUAGAACCCAAACUGAUAAAAGUCUGCUUUUUUUCAGGCUUGUGAGUAGGGCAGGUUCUCUAAGAUAGGAAUACAGCAAGGAGGAAAUGAAUGGCUGCAUCAUUAUUUCUAAUAGUUUUUGUAGUUGAUUUUCUUGUUUUCCCUGGAAGAGAACCAUAUCACUUUGCAAUACCCAGCAUCUCCACCCCCUUCUCACUUUUGGCUGAUCACCUUGUAUUUCAUUAAGAAACAGAAGCAGUGAGACAGAACUUGUUCCUUUUCCCACCACCAAAUCUACCCAUCUGCAUCUGAAUCUAUUUUCUUCUGGCAAAGGUAACCCCUUCACUCUGUGUCCUGGUCCUCAUAUCCUUUUACUUUCUCAUAUGUUUUGGCUGUGUUAUUAUUAUCCACUUUACUCUUUUUGCCCACUUUGCACCAAGCAUAUUGUUCUCAUACCAAGGUCACUCCUCUUUCAGGCCUUUUCACUUUGAGUUACCUCAGCUUGAAACUUUCUUCUCUGAGUUAUUCUUAGUAGCCAUUCAUUCUUUUUGUUCAGUCCCUUGCUCAAAUAUCAUCUUAACAAAAAGGCCUUUUAAGACUAUGUUAUUUAAAACAAUUGCCUCUGUUCUACCAGGGGUACUUAUUCAAGUGACCUAACGACAAAUUUAUAAAAUUUGCUUGACUUUCAUAAAAUACAUAUGUUAGGAUCCACUCCUCUAAAACAGCAACAACAAAAAACCUCAGAAGGUUUAGUAUGUAAUUUAGAAAUCAGGUUUUUUUCUACGAAGUUCUACAGUUUUUUUAAGAACCAACCACCACUGUAGUGUUUAUCAACAUUAAUCUUCUAAAUGAGUAGAUUGGUUUUAUUUUGUUAGUUUUAUUGAAUCUUGGCCUUUACUUGUGAUUGUCUUCUAACAGCAGACACAAUAUAAACCAUUCAGUAAUGACCUACUUUGAAGUGAAGUCUCACAGAAUUCAUUAUUAUUAUUUCCUAGCUUUUUGCCAAUUUUGAUAUGUUAGGGAUAUUUGAUCUCUCCUCUCUUUUUGCUCUCUCUUUUUUUUUU